CGACAGGGAGUCAACGCAGCACCCCCGGGAGCAAACUAACAUCUGGCCAUGGCUAGAGACUUAAGGAGCCUGGUGGGCGCGGGGAGCGCCCGGGAGCUGCAGGAGAAGCUGGAGAGCUGGCACCAGGACUACGAGUUGAAUUCCAGUGGUGAAAAUCUGAGCCGAUGCUGUGAAUUAUUAGAACUGAACACUGCGAUUCAGAAGCAGCUCUUCUCUAUUCUCAGUGAAACAUCUCAAGAAGAUGAAUGUGGAGCAGUCAAAAGCUGUAUCCUGCCAAAAAUAUGCUGUGCUGCUUCAGGAGGUCAGGAUUCAGCUGGGGGAGAGCUACAGCUGAGAGAUUUGGCCUGCAAACCGAAAUGUCGACUGCGAGACCUGGAGGACAAACUAGCUGAAACUCGUGUGGAGCUCAGCCAGAUGGAAAAAGAUCUGAAGGCUUCCUGUGUUCAAGACUGCAAAACCUUGAGGAAGUUACAGCAACUGGAUGCCUAUGAGCAGCAGCUUCAACUAUUGCAGGAUGAGAUUUCUAUCCUGGAUUGCCAAAGGUCUGCUCUCCAGUGCAGGCUUGCGCGGAGCUGCUCGCCUCGCCUAUGCAGUACAAGGAAGUCCUGCAGGCCCUGCAAUCCCUGCGAUCCCUGUGAUCCCUGCAAUCCCUGCAAACCCUGCAAUCCUUGCGAUCCCUGCGAUCCCUGCAAUCCCUGCAAACCCUGCAAUCCUUGCGACCCCUGUGAUCCCUGCAAUCCUUGUGAUCCCUGUGAUCCCUGCAAACCCUGCAUUCCUUGCGAUCCCUGCGAUCCCUGCAAUCCCUGCAAACCCUGCAUUCCUUGCGACCCCUGUGAUCCCUGCAAUCCCUGCAAACCCUGCAAUCCUUGCGAUCCCUGCAAUCCCUGCAAACCCUGCAAUCCUUGCGAUCCCUGCGAUCCCUGCAAUCCCUGCAAACCUUGCAUUCCUUGCGAUCCCUGCAAUCCCUGCAAACCUUGCAUUCCUUGCGAUCCCUGCGAUCCCUGCAAACCCUGCAAACCCUGUGAUCCCUGCGAUCCCUGCAAUCCCUGCAAUCCCUGCGAUCCCUGUGAUCCCUGCAAUCCCUGCAAUCCCUGCAGUCCCUGCAAUCCCUGCAGCCCCUGCAGACUUUCCGUGAAGAUCUGUUCACCUACCCUGUGCAGGCGGGCCAGUGCUUCGCGUCGCGCCUGCCUCAUAGCUCGCUUUAACUUCAUCUAUGCUAAAGAACGCCUGGAUGCAGAGGUCCUUUUGAAGAAAUUCAUCUGUGACAUAGAGAUGGUGCAGAGGAUAAUAUACUUUGCAGCUCUGGAAUCUUUCCGUGCAGCAAAGAAGGCCUUCUGGAAGGUCAAAAUAAGUGUAAAAGAGAUUUUGGCUGCAGAACACUGCGGGGGACCUGCAUCACUUGAAGUUGCUGUCCUGGAUUAUAUAGCUCGCCACAAGGAUCUGUAUGACGUUUGUUGCAGUGUCCAGGAAGUUAUUUGCUCCAUGAACGUGAACCCAAAGCUUCCAUGUCCAGAAAGCAUUGAUUACAAUGUGAUCAACUGUUUCAUUCGAGAGUUGUGCUGUUUGGCUUUUUCAAUGCAGACACUCCUUCCUCCUCUUGAUGUUGCCUUCGGUAUUGAUGGAGAACUUUUCAAUAGGAGCAUGUACUAUCGUAGUUGUGACUCGGAUUUCACAGCUCCUUUUGUGGCCUAUCACGUCUGGCCUGCUCUGAUGGAAAAUGGUUGUGUACUUGUGAAGGGAGAGGUAGUCACUAGAAAAAUGGUUCAGUGUUAUCGCAGAAGCAAAAUCAGAAGCAGAAGCUGUGGUUGUGGCCGUCGUCUCCUGCCUGGUCAAGUGACUCGAAGCCGCAGUCUUUCAACAGUGCGGUUCAAAACUUCAAGACGCUAAUUGAACACGUUCCUGAUGCAGUUCAUCUGGAUUCAACAACUUUGCCUUUUCUCUCCAGAAAUGCCUCAGAUCUCUCAAUAAUGUGAAUGGCAAAUGUAAUUUCAAAUGGAGUUUGUGUUCAGUGUGUUUUUUAGAAUUAUAGAAGGCUUAUUUAUAAUUUUAGACACUAAACUCUUUUGAUUUAAAGAAAAAAAAGUGCAUGCAGUACAGGAUCAUUUGGCAAAAUUUGCAAAGCUCUCAGGAACCCAUGAUGUAAUCUUGCAGGUGGAGGUAGAAUUACUGCAUCUAGAAUGUUUGCUUUCCACAGAUUCCAAAUGAUGCAGUUUUUCUUGAUAGGAUAUUUAAUAUAACCUAAGUGAUGAAUAUUGCAGAAUGUUGAGGUUAGCUGUUACUUGAAACCAAUGUAAUUAAUUGGUGCUUAUUUACAAUUUUAGAAAAUAGCUAUAAUAAUAGGAUGUGCCAGUCUCACACAGCAGGCUUUUAAAUAUAUCCUUGUGAUCAACUGAUUUUUUUAACAACAAUGCAGAAGUUGCACA